AGUAGUCAAAUUAAUUUAGAUUUUAUUUCUUGUAUCUUGAACAGAUGUUUCAAAAGCAACAACACUUGUAUAGGGAGUAAAUUAAAAAAUGAUGAUGUGCAUUCUGAGAGUAAAUAUAAAUUGACAAUUAGCUGAGAGAGGGACAUUUCAAACAUUCUGUGCAAAGUCAUGCUCAGAUCAGAGUCAAAACUAAAGCAAACAAGGUUUUUCCUCCUCUGCAUGUUGCUUAAUGCUGGAGGACUGUUCGGUAUACUAAGUUCAGAACUGAGACCCUUACCACAAACCACAGAAAACUCACUUUUGAUCCUGUCAGCAUUUUAAAUGCAGCUCCAGUUACUGGGCCGCCCAGAGUGGUAUCUGGGUGUGAUCAACAUUAGAAUUUCAGUUCUAGUCUGCAUCUGCCAAAUGUGUGGGUUUGAACACAAUGUAGCUUGAAAAGGUCACCAAAAUGUUUGUGUUGUCAUUUAUAUGUUUGUUAAAGGAGUUAAGGUGUUUAUAAAUGUCAGGCACUAGAGCGAAUCAAUUAAAGCAUUUCAGAUACUAUUCUUAAUAUUACCUUCUGCUUUUAGAGACACCUCUUUUAAACAAAAGUCAGUAGGCAAUCUUAGCCAAAAAGGCACAUAUCUUACUGUCUAGAUGGUUUCUUGCUUAAGUUAUGAGAUUUGUGUGCAUCAAGACCUGAAAAUGUACUGAAAACUCUUCAUGAUUUUGUUUUUGUGUUUUGUAAAUUAUUAUUUAAUUAUUGUUAAAUGACCUCUCCCCCAUCUCUCUCUCUCUAAUAUUAUUAUGUUAUUACAGGGGAAAGCCAUGGGUUCAAACAAAUCCCAGAAUGUCACUGACCAUAAGGACCUGGUUUUUGUAGGGACUUAUUCAUUGGUCUUUGUGGCUGGCCUGACCCUCAAUGUUAUUGCCCUGGUGGUCUUCUGCCAAACCAAGUUACGUUCUCAUACCAUGGUCUACAUGACAAAUCUGGCUGUGGCUGACCUGUUACUCAUCUCCACUCUUCCUGUGAGGAUCUACUAUUACUUGGGGUUCUCAGGGCUAUCUCAGAACCUCUGUGAGGGCCUUGGCGUAGUUCUACUGGUCAACAUGUACGGGAGCAUCUUUCUUCUGACGUGUAUGAGCUUUGAUCGCUGCAUGGCUGUCUGCUAUCCCAUGUCAUCCCGUGUCAAGGAGGGGCGCAAAAAGGCAUCGUUGGUGUGCCUGGGUGUCUGGAUGCUGACCGUGGGAGCCAGUUUGCCUAUCUACCUAAAAAAAAAGCCAGGCAACAAUCAAACGUUGUGUUUCAUGAGCGACCCAGUCUAUGCCACCCAGCCUGUGGCUGUGUUCACCACACUCACUAUAGGCUUUGGGAUUCCACUCACCACCAUGAUGACAUGCUCCUGGUUCCUGGUCAGGGCCAUUAACCGCAGCACAGUGGCACAAACGGAUGUGAUUGACAGCCGGAAGAUCCGGAGGAUGAUCACUGUCAAUCUGGUGAUCUUCCUGGUAUGCUUCCUUCCCUACCAUCUCAUUUUGGGGCUGUUGUACAUAAACUAUGUACCCUCGCUAUGCACAGCCCUCCAUUACAGCCUGGUUUUAGCCUGCGUCAAUGCCAUGCUAGAUCCUUUGGCAUACUACUUCACC